CAGUCAUAUUUCCGUUAAGCUUCUGAACUAUGAUCUUUAGGAAUUGAAUCUUAAUUAGGAGAUGCUUUCUUUGAUAUUCACUAAUUAGAACAGAGGUUUCUAUUUUUCGUACCGAUCCGACUGGGUAUAGGAAUUGCAUUUCUUUCUUCUCCUUUUAAAUAUAGAAGAUUUGAGAACUACACAGACAACAAUCUGAGGCAAGACGACUCAACGUACUCAGUUGCACCAAACCAGCAUCUCCCGGAGAUAGCAAGAGCGAAGACAUGGCUUCUGAGAGGUCUGAAGCUCCCGAGCAGCCACGAUUGUGCGCUAAUGGAUGUGGGUUUUUCGGGACACCGGCAAAUCAGAACCUCUGUUCUAAGUGUUACAGAGACCAUCUCUGUAAGGAUCAAUCUAUUCCGAGGGCCACGGUGGAGAUUAGAGAACGUGACCACCCAAUCGUCUCUUCAUCUUCGCCGUCGGCAUCACCUUCAACGACAUCUUCUUCUGCAUCGUUGGUCGGUGGCUGGAAAACACCGGCGAACCGUUGCUCAAACUGCAGCAAGCGUGUGGGGUUACUGGGAUUCACCUGCAGGUGUGGGAGAACAUUCUGCUCGCUGCACCGCUACCCAGAAAAGCACGAUUGCAGCUUCGAUUUCAAGACCGCAGGAAGACUUGCCAUAGCUCAGGCAAAUGCAACAGUCAAGGCCGACAAGCUACAGGAUAGGAUUUAAAUGGAUUUUGUUCCUUUUUUUCCUUCUCAUCACGUUCGGGGAGGGGAGGGUUGUUACUGUUUUAAUUUGUUUGGAGUGUGAUUCAAAAGUUUAGUAGGGUUUGUUUUAUCAUUUUAACUUUUUGUCUUUCCUAUUUAUUUGUACAUACUCACACAUGUCACAUGCUCACAUAAGC